CUGUCGGGGUUCCUACCCCAGCCCUGCUGCCUGCUCCUCUGUGACCUUGAACAAGUCACCCCCUUCCUCUGAGCCCUUUUUUGUUCACCUGAGGUAGGGGGAAGUAGAACCUGCCUCAUGGUUGUUGUGAGGAUUAGGUGCGGCACUCCUUGGAAAGCGCUUUUCACCACGCCUAACGCCUGUUGUAACAACCCAGUAAAGCGCGUGGGAUGCUGUAGGUUGUCCCAUCAUCAUUGUCGACUGCCGAAAUUAAUUUGAGACCCCCCCCCUCCCCAGGCUCCUGCAUUGUGUCAUGCAAAGCAUUUUACUUGUAUCAUCGCUCACACCAGAUUUACAGAGACUUCGAAGUGCCAUGCAUCCUUUUCAAUGUGUCCUUCAAGUACAGAGGACUCUCAAGCAGGGACCAUUGGUCUCCUUGUCCUGGCUGCUGCUCAGGACCUGCAGGACACAUAGUAGUCUCCCUAGCACUGCAAGUCCUGGUGCAGAGAAGCAGAAGGAUGGAGUUCAGAAGGAUUUCAGCUCCAGGCUGGCUACUGGACCGACUUUUCAGCAUUUUUUAAGAAGUGCUUCAGUUAUUCACAAGAAGCCAUCUUGUCCAGAAGUGGAGGACCCACCUCCCUAUCUCACUGUGGAUGAGCUUUUAGGAAGGCAGAGAAAAGUCUACCUUGAGACCUAUGGCUGCCAGAUGAAUGUGAAUGAUACAGAGAUAGCCUGGUCCAUCUUACAGAAGAGUGGCUACCUGAGGACCAGCAGCCUACAAGAGGCUGAUGUGAUCCUUCUUGUCACAUGUUCUAUCAGAGAGAAGGCUGAGCAGACAAUCUGGAACCGUUUACGUCAGCUUAAAGUUCUGAAGGCAAAGCGGCCCCGCUCCCGGGUGCCUCUGAGGAUUGGGAUUCUAGGCUGCAUGGCUGAGCGAUUGAAGGAGGAGAUUCUCAACAGGGAGAAGGUGGUGGAUCUCCUGGCUGGCCCAGACGCCUAUCGGGACCUUCCCCGUCUGCUGGCUGUCGCAGAGUCAGGCCAGCAAGCUGCCAAUGUACUGCUCUCCCUGGACGAGACCUAUGCUGAUGUCAUGCCAGUCCAGACCAGCCCCAGUGCUACUUCUGCCUUCGUGUCAAUCAUGCGGGGCUGUGACAACAUGUGCAGCUACUGCAUUGUCCCUUUCACACGUGGCCGGGAGAGGAGUCGACCCAUUGCCUCCAUUCUAGAGGAAGUGAGGAAGCUCUCGGAGCAGGGACUGAAAGAAGUGACACUUUUAGGUCAGAAUGUGAAUAGUUUUCGGGACAAUUCAGAGGUCCAGUUCAACAAUGCAGUGUCCACCAACCUGAGCCGUGGUUUUACGACGAACUAUAAAACCAAACAAGGAGGACUUCGUUUCUCUCACCUUCUGGAUCUAGUUUCCAGAAUUGAUCCUGAAAUGAGGAUCCGUUUUACCUCUCCCCACCCCAAGGAUUUUCCUGAUGAGGUUCUGCAGCUGAUUCAUGAGAGAGACAACAUCUGUAAGCAGAUCCAUCUGCCAGCCCAGAGUGGAAGCAGCCGUGUGCUGGACGCCAUGCGGAGGGGAUAUUCAAGAGAAGCUUAUGUGGAGUUGGUUCACCAUAUCAGAGAAUCUAUUCCAGGUGUGAGCCUCAGCAGUGACUUCAUUGCUGGCUUUUGUGGGGAGACAGAGGAAGAUCAUCUUCAAACAGUGUCUUUGCUUCGGGAAGUUCAGUACAACAUGGGCUUCCUCUUUGCCUAUAGUAUGAGACAGAAGACACGGGCAUAUCACAGGCUGAAGGACGAUGUCCCAGAAAAAGUAAAAUUAAGGCGUUUGGAGGAACUUAUCACUGUCUUCCGAGAAGAAGCUUCUGAAGCCAAUAAGACCUCUGUGGGUUGUACCCAGCUGGUACUGGUCGAGGGGCUCAGUAAACGCUCUUCUGCUGACUUGUGUGGCCGGAAUGAUGGAAACCUUAAGGUGAUCUUCCCUGAUGCAGAGAUGGAGGAUGCCACUAACCCUGGGCUCAAGGUCAGAGCCCAGCCUGGGGACUAUGUUCUGGUGAAGAUCACCUCUGCCAGCUCUCAGACACUCAAAGGACAUGGCCUCUGUAGGACCACUCUGAAAGACUCCUUGGCAUAUUGCUGACCUGAGUGGCUGGCCUCAGUGCACUUGGGCAGUCCUUCUCAUAAGGCAGGAGACAUGUCUGGUCACUGCUGGAAGAGGCAGUGAAACUUUGGAGACGGAGCUGCAAGGAAAAAGGAGAAGCAACUUUGCAUCAAAUGGGAAGACGCAUCUUUGCUACUAUGGGAACACUUUCUACAGUCAUUAAAUUUACUUAAACUA